UGGGGCCGCGGACGGAGCGCCUCGGCGGCUCCCCGCAGUCCGCAGUGCGCAGGCGCCGCCCAUCUCCGUUUCCCUCCCCUCCAACCCUUCUCCCCCCUUUCCCCUUUCAAGAAACCGGCUCCGGGGCGCGCUCACCCCUGGGAGGAGGCCGCGGGCCGGACUCGCGAGGCGCGCGCGCUCCCCCGCCCGGAAGAUCAUGUACCGGCCCGGCCGGGGGGCGGCCCGGCGCCUGGGCCCCUGCCUCCGCGCCUACCAGGCCCGGCCCCAGGAUCAGCUUUCUCCAAGGGUUCUGCCAUUCCCACCUCUUUGGCCCCUCAGCACGACAACCACAUCUCCAUCUUCUCCUCCUCUCCGGUCUCCCUCAGCUCCGCACUGGCCCACCCUGCUUCCCCGAGCUCCCCACCAGCCUCUCCCCCAGGUCCAGGCCCUCAACUCACCAUGGGUGGUUGUUCCCCCAGGAAAGAGGGAGGAAGGGCCAGGACCCGAAAUGCAUCGUGGCUGCCUUGAGGGGCUUAGGAGCCUAUUUGAGGGACCUCCCUAUCCCUCUCCUGGGGCUCUGAUACCUUUCCAAGCCCCUGGGACCACCUGCCCUUCCCCUGCCACUCCAUCAGGAGACCCGAGUAUGGAGGAGCACCUGGCUGUCAUGUAUGAGAGACUAAGACAAGAGCUUCCCAAUCUCUUCCUUCACUCCCAUGACUACACUCUCUACUCAUCGGACGUGGAAUUCAUCAAUGAAAUCCUGAGCAUGCGUACCAAGGGCCGGACGUGGUACAUUUUGUCACUGACACUAUGCCGCUUCCUAGCCUGGAACUAUUUUGCACAACUUCGGUUGGAGAUUCUACAACUCACCCGCCACCCUGAGAAUUGGACCCUACAAGCUCGCUGGAGGCUUGUGGGGCUGCCAAUUCACAUGCUCUUUCUACGCUUUUACAAGCGUGACAAGGAGGACCUUUAUAGGACCUAUGAUGCCUAUUCCACAUUCUACCUGAAUUCCGAAGGUCUCAUUUGUCGCCAUCACCUAGACAAACUGAUGCCUUCACAUUCACCCCCAACGCCUGUGAAGAAGCUGCUAGUGGGAGCCCUGGUAACACUGGGGCUGUCAGAGCCAGAACCCAACUUACAUUUGUGUCGUGAGGCCUGACUCAGGAUCUGGGGUGGAGACAGCACUUAAGACUUUCUACGCACAUGGGGAGGAGGUAGAGCAGCCAAGAGUCUCAGAAGCCAACUUCUUCCCCUUCUCUCUUGUUUGGUCCCUUCCAUCUCAUGCUUGUUACUGUAAAGCUGCUGUGUAAUUUAACUUGUAAAUAAUAAAGUUUAUGUAAGACCAGA